GAUACCUUCAAAAAUGAUUCUCUUUACUGGGACAACAACAGAACCCACGAAGUCGAAAACGGACUUGAAGGUAUGACAGAUAAACAAACAAAGCUGGCUUCUUAUUGGAACACGCCGUUUCAGAAAAUAUGCCUCGGAAUGAAAGUCAAGGGAGGAACAGAAACUGAUACAAAAUGGAUUGCGAUUGACCACCAAGCAAGAUCGCUUUUCAACGUAAUCGCAAACGGAACGUUCACAGCAACAAACAUUACAAAGUCAAAAUGGAAAUCACUUAUUGAUGCUUCAUCUCUUCAAGAAAAUUGUAAUACACAAGGGUUUAAUAUCCGUGGGGGGUAUUCUUAUAUGAGGAUGUAUGUACGGAUUGGAUUAGUCGCUAAUAAUGAAAACAACUGCAACACAUGCAACUCCUGUAUUGGCUUUGGUACUUCAAUAACUGGAUGUGGUGGUUAUGUGCAUAAGAAGGCGUGCGGUAGUAUACAUGCUUGUCAUACUGCG